AUGUUCAACCUCUCCAACCUAGUCCAGAAGGCGCAGCAGUAUAUCGAACCGACACUCAAUAACAUUGCAGCGCCCACGCCCACCGACCGGAGACCCUCCAAAGCGACCCUCUUCCGCCACCAGUUCCGCCUUCCUGAUUCGCAAAACCCCCUCCAGGAGAUCACCGCCGAGCUCACGCUGCAGCCCCACCAUUCCACAAGAACCGGCGACGUCACAUCCGAGAAGGACCGCAGUCAGGGCAAUCACUAUGUGGGCAAGCUGCACCUUAGCGAGCAGUAUCUCUGCUUCUCUACCACCGGCUCCAGCUUCGUGAACACGGCCAGUUUGAGCUCGUCUAGCAGCUUCACAGGUCAGACGCACGGGUCCGGCCCGGCAGGGAACGGCUUCACGCUGCCACUAUGUGCGAUACGGAGAGUGGAACGCUUGCACAGUCAGAGCUACAUGUUUGCUUUGGCCAUUACAACCUGGAACGGAAUACCAGACGCCAAAUCAAAAGCGCCUGCCGGUCAGAAGCUUACGAUACAGCUGGCCGGCUCGCGACAGGCAUGUGAGCGGUUUUGUGACGGACUGAAGAAAGGGCUGAGAGAAGGUGUUAAGGAGGUGGACAAUCUGCGACGGGUUGUUGGCCAGUGCUACUCCGAGUAUCUCCUCGAGACGCCCGAAAAGCGAGAGGCUGGCGGCGAGGAUGUGAAACCAGAGCGGGAGCACCCAGAUACCGGCUUAGGCAUGGUGUUUCGCUAUCCAGGCAAUGCACGAAAGCUCAGGGAUGCUACAAAAAUCAGGUUAUGGCGCGACUAUCUCAAAGACAACGGGCGUAGCGCAACCCUCAUACGACAGCCGACCUUCCACAAACUUAUUCGCGUUGGCCUACCCAACCGCCUACGAGGUGAGAUGUGGGAACUCACAUCUGGCGCAUUCUUUCUGCGUCUGCAAAGUCCAAACCUGUACACCGAAACGCUAUCGAAAUACUCGGGGCGGGAAUCAUUGGCAAUUGAUGAGAUUGAAAAGGAUUUGAAUAGGAGUUUGCCCGAAUAUCCUGGCUUCCAGAGUGAAGAGGGAAUUGGGCGACUGCGGCGAGUCUUGACAGCCUACAGCUGGACGAAUGAAGAAGUCGGCUACUGUCAGGCAAUGAACAUCGUCGUAGCAGCAUUGCUGAUUUAUCUGUCCGAGUCACAGGCAUUCUAUCUUCUGUCAGUGCUAUGCGAUCGCCUCCUCCCUGGUUACUACUCGCAAACCAUGUACGGUACCUUGCUGGAUCAGAAAGUUUUUGAGUCAUUGGUCGAAAAGACAAUGCCAAUACUGUGGGAUCAUCUCGUCAAAUCGGACGUGCAGCUAUCUGUUGUUUCUUUACCCUGGUUUCUCUCGCUUUACAUUAACUCUAUGCCUUUGAUCUUUGCAUUCCGCGUACUAGACGUUUUCUUUCUCGAAGGACCCAAAGUGUUGUUUCAAAUUGGCCUCGCCAUUUUACGUAUCAAUGGCGAAGAGCUGCUAGAUGCUGCAGACGAUGGGUCCUUUAUCUCAGUACUUAAAUCGUACUUCUCAAGGCUCGACGAAUCAGCCCAUCCCAAAUCGGAGAACCCCAAGCUGCGGGCUGUCACUCGAUUCCAGGAGCUCAUGGUCGUGGCCUUCAAAGAAUUCGCUGGCAUUACACAAAAUACAAUUUCAGAACAGAGGGCCAAGCACAAGGACGCUGUCCUUGAGAAUAUCGAGAGCUUUGCAAAACGCACCUCAAUAAGGAACCUAGGGCCUGAGAGCAAAAAACUGAGUCUAAAUGACUUGAGCUUCCUGUACGAUAAAUUCUACGCCGUAUUAUAUGAACGACAGCAACGAGCCGAGGUCAUGCAACAAGAAGCGGAGCGAAAAGCAAAGGCUAGCCGUAUGAAAGCAAAUGAAGUUGUCACCGGAAUUCCAGGCAAUAACACACAGGUUGGGCGUGUUGCUCUUGGGCCCAGCCCUACACAGAUGGAUUACGAUGCUUUUAGAGAGUUUUUGGCUGGUAUCGCCAAAUGGGCUAUUACCGAUUCUCCGAGCCCACCGCUGGAGGCCAAAAACAGUGCGGCUUCGCAUUCGUACUUUGGUAACAGCACGAGGAAUAGACCUCCGAUGUCACAAUGGGGGUCAGGUCCGGAGCCAGCAGAGCAUGAGUUCAUGCGACGACUGUUUCGACGCUGGGAUGUUGACAUGACAGACUCAUUGUCUCUACAAAAUGUUGUGACUGGCUUCGCCCACGUCAAAGGCACCAAGGACAUCAUGUCGAACAUCAGUUAUUUCUUCGAGCUCUACGAUGACGACGGUGACGGCCGGGUCGAUAGGGAGGGCAUCCUAAGGAUAUCAGAAGCCCUUCUGUUUCUGUCAAGGAGAGGUGUCCAUGACGGAAGCCCAUCGGCUUCUUCGCUCGAUAUCGGAUCCGAUCCAGGUUCAGAACGAGCGAGCCGAGACGAACGUUUCUUGAGCAGCGUUUCAGCCUUCAUUCGUCGAUGCUUUGAAUAUGCUGACCCCGACCAUGCUUCAAAUCAGGACAAUCAAGGUGUCGAUCAGGUACAGGAGGACGUGGACAAUUUUGCUAUUGGCGACGACGAAGAGGAUGACUUGAUCGACUUCGGGUCCGCACCUGCUACACCGAAAGCGAAAGCAACGACACAACUUGACAAGAACAAGCAGAAUCCUCUGUCGCCUACACCCUCUAACCUUACCAGCGAUUCGGAGUUGGCCGAACGCGGCGAGAAAGCAAAGGCAGCCAAUCUCGCGUUAGAUCCGAACAAGCCUUUACAUAUCACUUUACCGACAUUUCGUAUGGUAAUACUUGCCGACGAGGUACUCGAGCAGUUCUUUGAGGUCGGGUUUUCUUCGUCCUUCCGGCUUGCAGAUACAACGAUUGCAUCUGCAACCUCUAACAACCUAACUACUUUUUCCAACGCUGGCAGGCAGGUUGCAGCCGUCGCAGGUGGCUUGGGCGGUGUUGUUGGUGGAGCUGGCGCUGGUGUCGUACCCCCAGGAAAAGGUCUUCGUGGCAUGCUGGACAACAUUGUCACAGAUGGAAUGCGUGUUGCAGCUGAAGUGCGGCGGAGAUACGACGAAGCACAGAAAGAGCUAGAUAAAGAAGCACGUCAUGGGAAAGACGAUGAAGAGGACGAGGAGGAGGUCAAUGCGAAAGACCUUGAUUUACUUGAAGGAGCCGAGACAACAGGUGUCGAGUCGGCAAAGAGUGUCCCUCCACCUGAGUUGCUGUCCCCCACAAGGGCCAGUGGGGAGGAAAUCAAGACGACGAGAAAUAGAUCGGGGAGCGAUGCAAGUCGAAGGGUGCUCGAAUUCGAACGAUGA